AUGAAUGACGCUUCCACGGGCGAGAGUUCGAAGCAUAAGCGGGCACAUGGCGAUGAGGGGGAGCCUGAGCCAGGAGAGUCCGGCAGUACUGAUGCCAGUGGCCAAAGUGGGAAUGAUGAUGUGUCUGAGUUCUCUUUGACAAAGGGGAAGCCCAACACACGUGCAAAAGGGAAAAGGCAGAAAGUCGCUGCUACUGUCGCUGCUACUGCUGCUGCUACUGCUACUGCUACCGCAAGUGUUGAGGAACCAACAACCCCUGGCACGAAAAGCAAGCGUGCCCCUUCCAUUAAAAAGAUUACUUCGCCAGAAAGGUCUUUUCCAGCUACGGGUGUCAAGAAGGGCGCCACCCCGUUUAUGACGAGGAAGGAGGCCGAGAUGGUGUUUGAUAUGGCGAUCGAAAGUGCGAACUGGGGGCUUAUUACGGAAAAAUUGAAUAGUAGCAAGUCUAGAUCGAGUGUAUCUUCUUCAAGGAAUUUGAAGAGGCAUGUUCUAACCGUCUUAAAGAAGCAAGCUCUGAGUAGGUAUAAUUAA